ACGAAGCCAAGCCUUUCAUCUCUCCUUUCAAGCCCACCCACCCAUAACGUUCCAAUGAGGGCACAGGAUCAAAGAUUCUUUCUUCUUCAAGAGCCUAUCUCGGCCACCGAAGUGGACAGUUUCUUGGGUCGGCUGGUCGUCUCGAAGGUAUCGCCCUUGGAUAAAUACGCCCCGUACUCUCCUUCAAGCGACGUACUUCACAAGACAAACGACAUCAUCCCAUGCAUUCUUCCGAAACCCGAGAUCGUCAAAUAUGUCGACCAAACCACGACGGUCGCUAGGGAGCGAGGCUUCUCAAUGAAAUUGUCGGCACUGCUUAAUAUCGAUCUAUCCCGCACAGAGGAAGAGAGCAGAGGGCUACAGAGCGAACUAGUCAAAAAGUAUAUCCUACCGCUACCGGAAGAUCACUUCCUACGACUCAUGCAAAAUGAAUUUUAUGCACGGGAUGCCCUGAGGUUGCUUCAGGGCACUCGGUCAGGGCGUGUCUACCUUGUCACCGGCAUCAUAACCGCCACUGAGAGUACCUGGACGAUUGAAACCACGGUUGGUCGAGGAAAGGGGUUUAACGCUACCGUGCCUGUUGGAGAGGCUGUCGGAAUCCCGGAUCCCGGAUUGUUGGAUGUGGGAUUUGGCGUGAAUGGAUCAACCAGCAACACGCGAUCAUCGACGAAGCAUGUUGCUGAAGAACAGAUCAUUGCCGUUGCAUACUCUAUCGUCAAGCUAUCCAGCGAACUGACGUGGUCCCCCAACCUGAUAACCCAGACACCUGUGAUGGGUCGCCCAAAAAGGGCUAAAGGCUACCACCUGUCGAUGGGUGGUGAUGAUGAGGAUGAGGAAGAAGAAUUUGAGUGGGAUUCUGAUGACGAAGAUGGUGUGGUCAAAGAAGCUAGACCCAAGAAAACCGGCAACGACGAUGGGUUGGAGAUUACUUUGGAGAAUGCGAUGCAGCUUCUGGAACAUGGGGAGAAUGUGCCAUACAUUGACAUCAUUUAA